AAAAAAAUGCCAUAGGCAUCGGCUUGAGAAUCAACAUUUAUAAUUACACAAAAAUUCAUAAUGUUCAAGCGCAGUCUUAGCCAACUGGAUAAGUUGCCCAAGUUGCAGGUGGCCGAGUGGCUAAGCGGGAUUGACACCAUAAUCUGCGGCACUGAUGGGGUUCUGUGGCAGGAAAACAAUCCUAUCGAUGGGUCCAUGGAGGCUUUUAAUGCCUUUACGGCCAAAGGAAAGAGAUGUUUGAUGGUGACCAACGACUGCUGCCUAACAUCAUCGGAUUUGAUCCAAAAGGCCAAGUGCAUGGGCUUCAAAGCUCAGGACCAGGACAUACUCAGUUCGGCGGGUUCCAUAUCGAGCUAUCUUACCGAUAGAAAGUUCAAGAAGAAGGUACUUGUUUUGGGUGGCAAUGGCAUUUGCAAGGAGCUGCAAAAAGCUGGCUUCUGCUCCGUGGUUGUCGAUCAACGGCCUGAUGGCCGGAACAGAUUUGACUUCGUCAUGAACCUGGUACUCGAUCCGGACGUGGGUGCUGUUCUGGUGGGCAGAAACGACUCCUUGAGGUCCAACCAAUUGAUCGUGGCCUGCAACUACCUGCAAGACCCCAAAGUAUUGUUUCUGACUACUUGUACGGAUGCGUUCCUGGCAUUUGGCAAGCGGAGAAUUCCGGACGCCGGCACCGUAGCAGCAGCCAUCCAGGUGAUUGUGAAUCGCAUGCCAACCGUCUUGGGCAAACCUAAUCCCCGAAUCUUGGGCAAACUGCUCGAGUCCGGCGAAAUUAAGCCGGAAAGAACGCUCGUCAUUGGAAGCUCGUUAAGGGCGGACAUUGCAUUUGCCAAUAUCUGUGGUUUUCAUUCAUUACUGGUGGGCCAAGACAAUGGAGCUUUAGAAGAAGCGGAAAAUAUAAAAAAAGAGGGUAACGAGAAAAAGAUGAAACUUGUUCCAGAUACAUUUUUGCCCAGCUUGGCUCCUAUUCUGGAGCUUUUGAGCAUCGAAGUCAAACCGGGCCAGAAAAGUGAUAAGAAACCUCAAGAAACCGUGGGCGGCUCAGGAAAGCAGAAGAAACAAUCAGAAAAGUAAUAAUUACGAUAAAAUUCAAAUUUAAAUAAAGGCGCUCAAUUCGAA